CAGUUGGAUGUGAAGGAGGAUACGAGCACUAAUAAGGAUUCAAAAGUGCAGUGUGAUGAAGAGGAGAUGAAGAUGCAUCAGUUGAACAUUCGAGUGCGAGAGGUCUUCGCCAACCGCUUCACGCAGAUGUUCUCUGACUAUGAGGUGUUCGUCAUUCAGCCCAGCCAAGACAAAGAGUCCUGGUUUAGCAACCGAGACCAGAUGCAGAACUUUGACAAGGCCUCCUUCCUGUCGGAUCAGCCGGAGCCUUACCUGCCGUUCCUCUCCCAUUUCCUGGAGACGCAGAUGUUUGCCUCUUUCAUCGACAGUAAGAUCCUGUGCCACGAUGACGAGGACAAAGAGCACAUACUGAGAGUAUUUGAUUCCCGUGUUGACAAGAUCCGCAUGCUAAAUGUCAGGACACCCACGCUGCGGACCUCCAUGUACCAGAAAUGCACCAAUAUUGAUGAAGCAGAAAAGGCCAUUGAGAUGAGGCUGUGUAAGAUCGACCACACGGCUCUGCAUCCCCACCUGCUGGACAUGAAGAUCGGUCAGGGCCGCUAUGAGCCGGGCUUUUUCCCCCGCUUACAGUCCGAUGUUCUCUCCACUGGACCCACCAGCAACAAAUGGGCGAAGCGCAGUGCACCAGCACAAUGGCGGAGGAAGGACAGACAGAAACAACACGCUGAACAUCUCUAUUUGGACAAUGACCAGAGAGAGCAUGUGGAGUGUCUGUUUUCUGAGCUUCAGCUUCUGCUGGCUCUGGACUACUACUGGUUCUCGCAGUCCUUCAGGCCCUGUCUAAAGUCCGUCAAGGUGGAUGUGGUAUGUGCUAGAUUGAUACCAUACCAUUUGGUCAUCAUUCCCAGCAAGAAACUAGGUGGCUCCAUGUUUACAGCCAACCCCUGGGUGUGCGUCUCAGGGGAGCUAGCUGAGACAGGGGUUCUGCAGGUCCCCAAAAACACCCUGGAGAUUACGUUUGAGUGCCAGAAUCUGGGGAAGCUGACCACAGUACAGAUGGGCCAUGAUAACUCAGGACUGUAUGCUAAGUGGCUAGUGGAGUGUGUAAUGGUCCGCAACGGGAUCACAGGGCACACCUACAAGUUUCCAUGCGGCCGUUGGCUCGGGAAAGGAGUAGAUGAUGGCAGCUUGGAGAGGAUACUGGUGGGCGAAUUGGUGACUAACAUGGAGAAUGAGGACAGAAUGUGCCGGACUCCUCCAAUGCAGCAAUCCCCUGGGAUGAUGCGAAGAUUUGUCACCAUUUCGCCAAACAGCAAGCCAAAGUUAAACACGGGCCAGAUCCAGGAAGGGGUGGGAGAGGCCAUUAACGGUAUCGUCAAACACUUCCAUAAGCCAGAAAAAGAGAGAGGAAGCCUCACAUUGCUUCUGUGUGGAGAGUAUGGUUUAGUAUGGGCUCUUGAGCAGGUGUUUCAGCAUGGCUUCAAGUCACCACGCCUUUUCAAGAAUGUCUUCAUUUGGGACUUUUUAGAAAAGGCGCAGGUCUACUUUGAGAGUACGGAACAGAGUCAGAUAACCCAGGAUGAGAACUGGCACAUGAGGGUGCGUCAUUUCUGCCAUUUCAUGCGUGCCAUCAACAGCACAACCAGAAACAUCGGCAAAGACGGGAAGUUCCAGAUGCUUGUGUGUCUCGGAGCCAGAGAUCACCUGCUGCACCACUGGAUUGCGCUUCUUGCCGAGUGUCCAAUCACAGCACAGAUGUACGAGGACAUGGCGCUCUUAAAGGACCAUUCUCUGGUGAACUCUCUGAUUCGAGUGCUACAGACUCUGCAGGAAUUCAAUAUCACUCUGGAGGCCUCUCUCGUCAAAGGGAUCGGGAUAUAACGCCGUCUGAAUAUAGAACUAACACAGAUCAGCGGGACCAUGGACUAACUUUUUUUUACAUGGAGAGACUUGAACAAAAGGACUAAACCUGGCUUACGUUAAAGAUUCUGUCAUGUUU